AUGCCUCGUCGCGCAGCUUCUCCGGCUAUGUCGGAGAACGAAUUUGAUAUUACAAGUGCGCUUUUCGAAAAUGACAAUGAUUCUGACGCCGGCAGCCAUCCGGUGCGACAGAAACCCAUUCCCGCGCAAGACCUUGAUUUUCUUGGCGCCGACGAUGAUGGGGAUGCGGCCUUUAUUGCGACACAGCAGGCGUCGGCCAACCGAAAAGGAUCAAAUCUCAAGGGUCGUACGGUCAAAAAAGGUGGCGGCUUCCAGGUCAUGGGCCUGAAUGGCGGCCUCCUCAAGGCCAUCGCCCGCAAAGGAUUUUCCGUCCCAACCCCCAUUCAGCGAAAGACGAUUCCGGUGAUCAUGGACGACAAGGAUGUGGUCGGCAUGGCUCGAACUGGUUCCGGAAAGACUGCAGCCUUCGUUAUUCCCAUGAUUGAGAAAUUGAAGAGCCACAGCUCCAUGUUUGGUGCUCGCGCUCUAAUUAUGUCGCCCUCCCGCGAACUUGCUUUGCAGACGAUGAAGGUUGUUAAGGAAAUGGGACGUGGAACAGACCUGAGAUCGGUGUUGCUUGUUGGUGGUGAUAGUCUGGAGGACCAGUUCGGCAUGAUGGCCGGCAACCCCGACAUUGUGAUUGCGACACCCGGUCGAUUCUUGCAUCUGAAGGUUGAGAUGGACUUGGAUCUGUCAAGUAUCCGGUAUGUGGUUUUUGACGAGGCCGAUCGACUUUUCGAGAUGGGUUUCGCCGCGCAAUUGACGGAAAUUCUGCACGGCCUGCCGUCCGCCCGGCAAACACUCCUGUUCUCUGCUACCCUUCCAAAAUCGCUUGUGGAAUUCGCACGUGCCGGUCUACAAGAACCUUGCCUUGUGCGCCUCGAUACCGAGAGCAAGAUUUCUCCCGACCUUCAAAACGCCUUCUUUGCAGUCAAGUCGUCCGACAAGGAGGGCGCUCUGCUUCAUAUUCUGCAUAACGUCAUCAAAAUGCCUACCGGCCCAACUGAAGUCACGGCAAAGUUCAACGCCGAAGGCCCUCGCUACGGGAACAACAAGCGCAAGAGAUCAGAGGUCGAGAAACGUGGCAACUACAAAGAGUCGCCCACCAAGCACUCGACCAUUGUGUUUGCUGCGACGAAGCAUCACGUCGACUACCUUUACUCUCUCUUGAUCGAAGCGGGCUUUGCCACGUCCUAUGCCUAUGGCAGUCUUGAUCAGACUGCACGGAAAAUCCAAGUCCAGAACUUCAGGCAGGGUAUCUCUAAUAUUCUCGUCGUCACCGACGUGGCAGCCCGUGGUAUUGAUAUCCCGGUCCUUGCUAACGUUAUCAACUACGACUUCCCUUCCCAGCCAAAGAUUUUUGUUCACCGUGUUGGUCGUACCGCCCGUGCCGGCCAGACUGGAUGGAGUUACAGCCUUGUUCGCGACGCGGAUGCACCAUACCUGCUCGAUCUCCAACUUUUCCUUGGUCGACGACUGGUUUUGGGCCGCCAAUUUGGAGCCCAAGUCAACUAUGCCGAGGACGUUAUUGUGGGCUCCAUUCCCCGCGAUCCCUUAUCUCAGAGCUGCGAAUGGGUCAACAAGGUCUUAAAAGAGGUUACCGAUAUUGCUUCGCAACGCCAGGUGUCUGUUAGAGGUGAAAAGCUCUAUAUGCGCACUCGAAACGCCGCAUCUGUGGAGAGCGCGAAGCGAGCCAAGAAGGUCACAUCCUCCGAGGACUGGUCUACGAUCCACCCAUUAUUCAACGAUGAGGAGAGCCAUAUGGAAGCGGAACGCGAAAAGAUGCUCGCCCGUAUUGGUGGCUUCCGGCCCUCGGAGACCGUUUUCGAGGUCCACAAUCGACGUGGUGGCAAGCCCGAAGGCGGCGAGGCUAUCGACACAAUCAAACGGAUCCGCGCCUCGCUCGAUAAGAAGAAGCACCGGGCGCAGGCUAAGGAGCAGUCUGAGCUGGCCGAACUAGGAAUCAGUGUUGGCCAAGCGGCAGGAGACGGUGAUAUUCACGAGGAUGAUGACAUUCCUGACGAAGCGGGCGACAACAUGUCUGAGGCUUCCGAGUCCGAGCUGGAAGUCACUUUCUCGGCCUAUAACCAGAGGGACAGUCAAAGUGGCAAGUCCAACGGGGUAUCGGCCACCUCAUUCCAGAACCCGGACUACUUCAUGGGCUACACUCCCGCCAACCACAACAGUGCUGAGGACCGGGCCUACGGUGUCCACUCUGGCACCAACUCGAACUUCGCACAUGACUCGCGCACCGCGACCAUGGACCUCAAUGGCGACGAAGGUCAGAAAAACUUUGGCGAGCAACGAUCCAUCAUGCGCUGGGAUAAACGACACAAGAAGUAUGUCGCUCGCCAGAACGACGAAGACGGGUCUAAGGGUGACCGUCUCGUCCGCGGCGAGAGCGGUGCCAAAAUCUCUGCCAGCUUCCGCAGUGGACGAUUCCAAAACUGGAAGAAGGGCAAGCGCAUGAGCAAACUGCCGCGCGUGGGUGAGGCUGAGACCCCCGGUCUCUCAACAGGAUCCGGCAUGCCUGGCGGGCAAGGGCAAGGGCACGGUGGCCGAUUCCGUCACAACAGGCAGCAGGCCCCCAAGCGGGCCGACCCGUUGCGGUAUGACUACGAGAAACAGAAGAAGAAGAAUGACACGGCUCGGGAGCGCCAGCAAUCCCAGGCUGGUGGCGCGGCGGCGGGCGGCAAGAGCGAGAUUCGCUCAACUGAGGACAUCCGGAAGGCACGGAAGCUGCAGCAGAGACGGCGCGACAAGAACGCGCGCCCGUCGAAGAAGAGGCAUUGA